AAAAUGAAGAGCAAGAAACCAUUGAAGCAACUGAAGCUGUCUGUUCCAACCCCAAUCUCUUCUUUCCUGCAAGUUUUUCUUCUUUAUUUUUUCUAUUCCUUAAGCAUAUUUCGAGAUUGCUUCGAUUUUUAAUUCACUAGAAAUCGCUUCUAGUAUCAAAGUAUAUGGCUUGAUCGGCUUAUAUUCUCCAUCGCAUUUGCUCUGUUUCGAUGCAGGUCAUCCAAAUGAACAUACAAGAAGAGAUUCGCAAGCAAAUUGUGCAGGGCCUAACCAUUCUUUCUAUAACUCUUGUCGUAGAAAACAUGGACCGUUGAUCUCUGGGUGAUGUGAUCAGACAGGUUAAAACAAUUCUUGAACCAUAUCUUGCAGUUGUGUUAAGCAGGUUUUCUUCCUUCUUGUGAAUUGAAAUUUCAUAAAUGACUCAACAAAUGUCCUAGCAAAAGCAAAACAAGUCUCUUCUUCAUGAGUCUUUAUAUUUCAGGUCCUACAAGGUCUUGUAUAUUUGCACCAUGAAAGGCAUGUAAUACUGAUACACACUGGUAAACCAUAAAGGUGAAGUGAAGAUCAGCUGAUUUUGGUGUCAGCACAACGCAAGCUAGUUCCAUGGGCCACUAUGAAAUACAUUUGUAGGGACUUACAACUACAUGUCAGUAUGAGGAGUCUCCACACUGUUCAAAUCAAUUUGUAACACUUUUGUUUUUGUCAUUCACUUCAUAAUUCAUUUGCUUGUGAUUAGCUAUUUCAUUUGCUUUUGUAACACACUCAAUGUGUUUAUCCUCACGAAGAUUGGAUAUCCUCAAGUGGGAGCUGUUACGACUAUAGCAGUGAAAUAUUUGGAGUUAGGGUAUGGUAGUGCUUGAGUGUGCUAUUGGAUGUUUCCCGUAUAUGCGAUCGGAAGAUCAGCAAAGCUGGCCUAGCUUUUAUGAGCUUUUGGAGGCAAUUGUGGAAAAGCCUCCGGCAACUGCUCCUCCAGAUCAAUUCUCUCCAGAGCUCUCUUCAUUUGUAUCAGCCUGGUCAAUACUUGCACGUUUAUUUUGCAUUAUAUCAACUCAUCCAAUAGAUCUGUCAAACUUGGUCUCUAAGUGCCUGUUUUUUGGAAUUCUUUCGCCAUUGUAUAGGCUUCUAGUGUAAGCUACCAACUAUCUCCAAUAUGCUAUCCAUUGUUUUUUGGAGCAUGUAGCAAGAAAAAUUGGUGCACAAGUCCAUUAAAUGAUGUAAUCUCACCUAUACAAAAUCACUAGAAUCCAAAUUUUGAUCCUCAGAGGCUCAUUUAAUGUGCUUUGGCAGUGAUUUCAUGUUCUCUAAAAGUGGUGGAUGUUGUAAUAUACUACAAUUUUCUUUAAA